AUGGCGUACAACAAAGGCUUCAACCCGGACAGGCUGCCUAUGCACGCCGAGCCUGAGCAGGCUGCUGCGAUGAUGUCGCAAAACGCAUCCGCGGCCUCACGCCCACCGCGCACCAGCUCCGCGCGUCCCGACUACAACAAACCUCCCCCACCCGUUCCCAGCGGUCAGAGAUACGACACUCGUCCCGAUGAGCGCUACGGUGGUGGACGCGGCGCAGGAGGUGGUGGAUAUGACAGCAGACCCCCACCAGGCGCAUACAGCGACCCGCGGUACGACGGCCGAUACGACGCGAGGCCAGACAACAGAAUGGGAGUUGGAUCGCCUCCACCAGUCAACUAUGGUCAUGGACCUCCGCCACAAGGAUACCAUGGAAGGCCGCAGUUGGCGCAGCAGUCGAGGCCGCCGCCUACUCCUGCGCCGCCGCCAAGAGAUGCGAAUGACCGCGAAGCGCUGUGGAGGCUGUUCGGCGCGGUCGACAAAGACAAGAGUGGUGAGCUCACAGAGGCUGAGCUGCGAACAGCGCUCGUCAAUGGAGACUGGACACCUUUCGAUCCUCAUACUGUCCGUAUGAUGAUCCGAAUGUUCGACACCAACAGAUCUGGUUCUGUCAACUUUGAUGAAUUCUGCCUGUUCGACCGUUUCGACCAAGACCAUUCCGGCAGUAUAUCCUACGCUGAAUUCAACGAAGCCCUCAUCGCCUUCGGAUACCGUCUCUCCCAAGCGUUCGUCACACUCUUGUACCGCACGUACGACCGCGACGGACGCAACGCGCUGAGCUUCGAUCUGUUCGUGCAAGCGUGUAUUAGCCUGAAGAGGAUGACGGACGUCUUCAAGAAGUAUGACGAGGAUCGCGACGGCUAUAUCACGCUGAGCUUGUAA